UUGUGCGAUGUUACCUUAAAGAUGUGUUAAAAUUAAUAGGAGGGAAACAACCCGCCUUUUCAACUCUGAAUUUUUUAAAAAUAAAUUAAGUAACCGCCCAUCCCAUCACUCACACAGAUAAAACAUAACAAUAAAAUUAAAACUAAAACCAAUUCUUUCUCUCGGCUCACUCUCGCUCUCUCUCGCAUCUCUCACUAUCUAUCUCGCAUCUCUUGCAUUUCACAUCUUUCAUUCAUCUCUCCCAUCUCAUUCUUUCAUUCCUUUCAUCUCUCUCAUCUCACUCUUUCAUCUCUCGAAGCUUGUCUCGGAGCUUAUCUCGCUGCUUAUACAAGGAAAGGGUCCGACGAUUAUAUACAGGAAGCUUAUCUCGGUGUUUUAGUUCUUGUCUCGGAGCUCAGUAACUUUCUUCUCGUAGCUUGAAUUUGGUCCGACUAUAACAUUAUAAGGGGCUGAUAGAGAAGUGGACGCAACCCUUCAAAAGUUCAGAAAGCUACUUAUAUUCUCCAGAAAUGAUUACAUGGGUUUGAAUUUACAUCCUUCACUAGGAAAGGCGUCUGCAAAGGCUGCAGAGGAACAUGGAAUGGCGAAAAGAGGUUCUACUCUGAUCUGUGGUUAUAAAAAUUAUCAUAGGCGACUUGAGACUUGCCUGGGAGAACUGAAGAAAAAAGAGGGAUAUACAAGAGACUUAUCUUCUCUUGAUCAUGAAGGAAGAAGACAUACUAAAGGUUCUUCGAUUGUUUGAAGGAGCCACUGAAAGAAAAAAUAUUAGUGAAGUAUAUAUCUUUAAGGAAGUGGAUGGUAAUAUAAUGAUUUAUUCUUGCUCUGUUUCACAUUUUCAGAUCGAUAUGUAUCGCCCAUGUAUCAAUACCAGUAUCCUCGCCAUAUCCACGAAUUGCACGCUAUACACAAAGUGGAAUUUGAUUAGAGUUUUUAAUCUUAAGAGCAUAAUAUGCCUGUUUUACAGGUAGCGAAAACUCAUGGUUUUUCUCUUAAAUAAUAUUAGCAUGUCAUACAUCAUUUGAAGAAAAUUAUCUUGGUGAACCUAUCCUUCCUGGUUGCUCUUGUCUGGUGCCUUUUGAUGGGCAACAGAACAUCCAAUAUUUAAGGAAUCAUGCAAGCUAUUGUGAUGCACCCGUUUGACAUAGGCGACCACUACAUCAUUAAUAACGACCAGGAAAAAUAAUGAUAAAAUAAAUUAUCUGAAUUCCGGGUUACUUUCGAAAUGGUGACUAUUUUGACUGAAAAGAUUCGGGAUCAAAUUGCGCAAAAGAUGGAAGAAAAAGUGGACAAGAAGGUUCGAGAUAAUGUCAGGUUGUUGAUGUUUAAACUGGCAGAAAAAAUUCAAGAAUUGAAGCUCGAUAUUGUAGAGCUAACUGCUGCAGUGCCGAAUGCUUCAGCGUAGGUGAUCACCAUGACGACAUUACUUCAUAAAAUUUGGUCUGUGGAAUUUUAGUAUUGUGAUAAUAUUUUAGUAUCGAUAGAACUUUAGUAUUUUUUGGUAGAAUUUUAGUAUUUGCAGAAUUUUAGUAAGUUAUAGUGAAAUUAUGUGGAAUUUGUAUUGUGGAGUUUGGAUUUAACUAUGUUAUGGCUUGUUGGUUUAGUUAAUAUUAUUUAACGU